AUGAACAACUCCAUCCCCACAGAUAUACCGCACUGGACUGCUCUAGUCGCAGAGAAGAAGCAAAGGCAGUCGGAAUCCAUUCCACACGAGUGGGUUGUGACUCCGCCUUCAGACUCUACUCUGGACGUAUCUGCUUUUCCAGAGACGUGUGGCCUUCUGAACCCGAGAGAAAUUGAGAUCACCAAUACUUCAGUAGACGUUUUGUUGGAGAAACUUGCAUGUGCUGCAUGGUCAGCUGUAGACGUGACCACCGCGUUCUACAAGAGGGCCAUUGUUGCUCACCAACUCGUCAAUUGCUUAACGGAAAUUUUUGUUGAUCGUGCAUUGGCCCGAGCGGCUGAACUCGAUGAUUACUUGAAGAAUACAGGGAAAGUUGUUGGUCCCCUUCACGGGCUGCCGAUCUCCUUAAAGGAUCAACUAUGUAUUAAAGGACUAGAAACUACUAUAGGGUAUGCUUCGUGGAUUGGGCAGUACGCGGAUAAAAACGCAGUACUGGUCGACAUUCUGAUUGAGUGCGGAGCCGUGCCAUUUGUCCGCACUAACGUUCCGCAAACACUUGCAUGGCCAGAAUCCUUCAACUAUGUCUUCGGCCGGACGACAAACCCAUACAACCGCUCUCUGACCUCUGGUGGGUCAUCAGGAGGAGAGGGUGCAUUGGUUGCUCUCAAGGGAAGCCCUUUGGGAGUUGGUGGUGACCUUGCAGGCUCCAUUCGUAUUCCCUCUGCGUUCUGCAGCUUAUACGCCCUUCGACCAUCAUACGGGCGUGUACCGUGCUAUGGUACUCGUAACACACUCGACGGCCAAGACUCAAUUCUCCCCGUGCUAGGUCCCAUGACAAACAGUGUUAUCGGUGUGAAAGUCUUCAUGAAAGCUGUGCUUAACGCUAAACCAUGGCUCUAUGACCCUCUUGUGGUUCGGAAGAAGUGGGAUGAAGACGAGUACAAUCUUGUGGACCAUGGGUCUGGCAAAAAUAUGUGCUUUGCAAUCAUGUGGGACGAUGGUGUCGUUGUUCCCCACCCACCUAUCAGGAGGUCUCUGGAAAUCACCAAAGCAGCUCUUCUGAAGGCGGGCCACAAAGUUGUUGACUGGAAACCCGUUAAGCACAAAACGCUUGGAGAUAUCGCGGUAAGCACACCGUGCAGCGUGACUAUCUGGAACGCCGGUUCUACUGAGGAAUAUAUGACCACGACCUCUGUCACAGGGGAGCCAAUAAUUACAACGAUGGAAUUGGACAUCGCAGAUGCCGCGGUAGCAUCCUUCCGUCCGCAGAAUGAUGGUAUGUCCGUAUACCAGCUCUGGCAAGUGCAAAAGCUGCGUCAAGACAUACGGAAAGAAUAUUUAGACCACUGGAAAGCAACUGUGUCAGAGACUGGGACAGGACGGCCUGUCGACGCUAUCAUUUGUCCAGCUGCACCGUUUGCAGCAACACCCCACGGCAAGAACAGGUAUCUUGACUACACGGCUGUGUGGAAUGCGCUCGAUUACCCUGCUGCUGUUUUCCCCGUGACUACUGUCGAUUCCACUCUCGAUAGGAAGGCACGCCCUCAUGCUUUCCACAACGAUAUCGAUAAGGACAUUUACGAAAUGUACGAUCCGGAGAAAUUCAAGAACGCUCCUGUUUGUUUGCAACUUGUCGGUCGGACUUUGGAAGAAGAGGCGGUCAUAAGAAUGACAGAAAUAGCCGAUGCGGCGCUGCUAGCUGCCAAAUAG